AGACAAGUCCACAUGAACCUCGAACACGUUGGAAGAAAAGUUGGAAUCCAAAUCCAAAUCAAAAUCCAAUCGCUUUCACAUGAAAACAUGAAACCUCCACCCCCCUCCCUCAGCGGCGUCAUUUCCUCCUUCUUUUCCCCUUCCAAAACAAUGACCUCCUCCUCCUCCUCCUCCUCCUCUUCUAUUUCGUAACACCAAACGCCUGCGCUCUGCAUUCUGUGUUGUUCUCUGCGCUUAUUUUGGGAAGCGAGACGAACCAGGAGAGGGAUGACAGAGCAGAUGAAGAUGAAGAACGACGAGUACGACGAAGUUUUGGAGCCACCCAUCAAUUUCUCCAUGGUGGAGGACGGCAUUUUCAGAUCCAGCUUCCCGCAGCCGUCCAAUUUUCCUUUCCUCAAAUCGCUUAAUCUCCGAUCAAUCAUAUAUUUGUGUCCCGAGCCGUAUCCAGAGGAGAAUUUGGAGUUUCUUCGGUCUCAGAAUAUUCAGCUACUGCAGUUUGGAAUUGAGGGGAAGACGGAGCCUUCUGUAUCUAUUCUUAAGGAUACCAUCCUGGAGGCUCUGAAAAUCCUCAUUGAUGUGCGAAAUCAUCCAGUUUUGAUCCACUGCAAGCGUGGAAAGCAUCGGACAGGUUGCCUUGUUGGUUGCCUACGAAAAUUUCAGAAUUGGUGUUUGUCUUCUGUGUUUGAGGAGUACCAGCGUUUUGCCGGCGUGAAGUCUAGACCAACAGAUUUGAGGUUUAUAGAAGGAUUUGACAUAAUGCUGCUGAGGCAGUGCCUGUACAGCAUAAUCUACCAGUAUCAAGGUUACGGGUCGAACAAGAGGAGGUUGUUAUACAAAGAAGACAAUUUACAGAAGCCCCAAACCAUGAAAGUUUGACACACAGCUUACGGAAUUGGAGUUGGAGGGCCCUUAUUUCUUUUCCUUCUGCUUUGCUACUAGUCUCACUUAGACAUACAUCGGUUUGUCACUGUGGUGUAUAAUAUGAGUACAUGGUGUCAUCCUCGUUAGCUUCUUCCGGUAAAAUAUCGAUUCGGAACUAUUUCUUUUGGAUUUAGUCUUCCAUUGGCAUCUCUUGGGACAAUGUGGAUUCCUACUACUAAUUUGUUUAUUCUUUUAGAAUUUCUCUCUAUUGAUAAAGACCUUUCUACUUUGUGAAUGUUAUUUACCAACCAUCUCAAUC